AUGAGAAAGGAUGUUAAUAGAUGGGAUAUUACCAAAUUCUGUCGGUUUCACAAUGACUAUGGUCAUGAAACCAAUGAAUGUAACCACCUGAAGGAGGAGAUAGAACUACUCAUUAGACAAAACAAUGCCCAUCUGAAGAGGUAUGUACGACCGACUGCCGACCAGCAUCCUCAACAGUCUUCUAAGCAACAGUCUCAAUAUUAUCAGAGCAAUCAACCUCUCCUACCACCACUAGUUGCUGGUUGGCUAUAUAUGAUUUGCGGCGAGCUGCAUUUGGCCGGAAACUUCGACAAAGCUCGAGAAAGAUACGCUCAUUCCCUUAGGCAUGAGCAGGAGGAAGAUGUAUUGGAUGUCCAAGAGCGUACUUCCAAACAGCCUCGUUAUGAGUGUGAGCCCAUCACAUUCAGCGAGGAAGACACAAGUCACAUACAUCAUCCACAUAAUUAUUCGUUGGUGGUAGAAGUACAGAUCGCUAAUAUGAUCGUGGCCCGAACGAUGAUUGACCAUGGGUCAUCUGCCAACAUCAUGUUCAAGAGUACCAUGGAAAGGAUGAAUUUAAGCAUCAGAGAUCUGGAACACUACGAGCAACUGCUGUAUGACUUUACAGAGAAUGGCAUGGCCUUGGUAGAAAGCAUAAGGUUGUCUUUGACAGUGGGAACGACACCUAACAGCAACACUGUAAUGGCUUUGUUCGUUGUAAUAGACAUCCCUUCUCCGUACAAUGCCAUGAUAGGCCGACCAAUCACUUCAGUCUUCCAUCUGCUUGUCAAAUUCCCAACCCGGGUAGGUAUAGGAUGUCUCAAAGGGAACCAACUGGUGGCUAGAGAAUGUUAUAAUUUGUUAGUAAAAAAGGCAGGGAAGGCAGUUUUCACCGCACAACCUGCAGGGCCUAGUCACUAG